AAUUUCCCAGCUCUUGAAGCGGUCCUUGAAGGCGUCCCGGCUGCAGAUGUGCGGGGUGUGGUAAACAUUUUCAAAGUUGUCAGUCCUCACUUUUCUGGGAGUGUUGGGAUCACAGUCAAGUGGAACAUCUCAAGAAAACGUCACUAAAAGGUCUGCUUUAACUCCACCUGUUGAUGACGUUUACAGAAGACCACCAACUUGGAAACAGGAUGGAAUCAUCAGAAAAGAUCAUGAAGCCGCCUAAACUUGCCCCGAAGCCUCUUCAGACUCAAAGAAAGACAAGAGAGGACUUGGACCAGAACACCCCUCUUGUGCCGCCUAGACCGACACACUCAGAACUGAGCCACACGAAAUACCGCACGAAAAGAACAACAGACAAAGCCAAUGAAAAUGUGACACAAAGCCAGAGAAAGGAGAACAAGUCUGAAGCUCCUGUGCCUCUGCCGAGACGGGCAGAAAAGGAGAGAAACCAGCCCAUCCACCGCAGUGAGUCCUCUCAGGACAAAAAGAGCUCAGGCGGAAGUGUCCAAUCAGAUGUCUCCAAGAAUGGGACAGACAUCAAGCAGAGCCAGGAUCUGACAGGGAUUUUUCGACACAGCCAGAAAAACAAAGCACCAUCUUUUGUGAGUCAUGUGACUGAAGAGCAGAAAAGAGAUGAUGACAAAAUGGCCAAACAAGCUCUUUCCAACAAACAGCAGGGUGUCCUGAAAGGAGUAAGAAAGCACCUUCAGUCCACCACACAAAAGGCUGGCGAAGGAGGAGAGGGAGGAGGAGGAGGAGGAGGAGGAGGAGGAGGAGGAGAGGUGGUUCCUGACCCCAAUAAAGAUGAAGCAACAUCAGAGAAGAAACAGUCUGCUGAUAAAGCCAAACAAGAAACAAGUUCAGAAGCUAAACAAGAUUUUGGUGAGCGUCUAGUUAGAAUGUUCAAGAAACCUCCAGUUUUGAUGUUUGGACUAGGGGACAGCGAGUCUGAAGAUGAUGACAAAACAUUGGAACAAUUGCAUGGCGUUGAUUCUGAGUCGUUAUCCAGCAGUGACAGUCGCAAUGAGAACCCUGACAAGGAAAAGGGGGGAUUUUUCAACAAGAUGUUCAAAAACAAAACUGCCGAAGAGGAGCAGGCGCCUCCACGCACUGACCUGUCCGACAGCAGCAACAAUUUCUCCGAGAAGAGUGCCUCUGAGGAUAAAGGACGAUUUUUCAGCGCCAUCCUCGGGAGGAAGUCACCCAAGCUUCCGAAAGAGCCUGAGCAGGAUUCAGAGGAGGCGCUGCACCAAGAUACUUCUACUAACGUGGACAGCCUGUCGGAGAACAAGGACAAGACUCUGCAGGAGAAGAAGUUGUCAGCCAGCAGUGACAGUUUGUCUGAAGGCAAAGCAGAGAACGAUCGAGGUCUGUUUGGCGGCUUCUUUAAAAAGACCCCGAAAAGAGAGAAAGGAGAGCGGGCAGACUCACCGGACGAGGAGACGCUGGCGGCGGGUGCUGAUGAUCUCGUUGAGAGGAACACCACCAAGGACAAAAACAAUUUCAGCAGCAAACAUUUUAAGAAGCCCCAGAAGCCAGCAGAAGGCGCUGCAGCAGACAAAGAAGCAGAACUGAACACUGAAACUCCAAAAUCUGGAAGCUCUGAAAACUUGUCGGAAACUGCUCCCAAGGAGAAAGAUCGAAGUCUGUUUGGGGUCUUCCUCAAAAAGACCCCCAAAGGAGAGAAAGGAGAGCAGGCAGACUCACUGGACGAGGAGAAGGGCGAGGAGACGCUGGCGGCGGGUGCUGAUGAUCUCGUUGAGAGGAACACCACCAAGGACAAAAACUAUUUCAGCAGCAAACUUUUCAAGAAGCCCAAGAAGCCAGCAGAAGGCGCUGCAGCAGACAAGGAAGCGGAACUGAACACUGAAACUCCAAAAUCUGGAAGCUCUGAAAACUUGUCGGAAACUGUUCCCAAGGAGAAAGAUCGAAAUAUUUUUGGGGUCUUCCUCAAAAAGACCCCCAGAGGAGAGAAAGGAGAGCGGGCAGACUCACUGGACGAGGAGAAGGGCGAGGAGACGCUGGCGGCGGGUGCUGAUGAUCUAGUCGAGAGGAACGCCACCCAAGACAAAAACUAUUUCAGCAGCAAACUUUUCAAAAAGCCAGCAGAAGGCGCUGCAGCAGACAAGGAAACAAACCUGAUCACUGAAACUCCAAAAUCUGGAAGCUCUGAAAACUUGUCGGAAACUGUUCCCAAGGAGAAAGAUCGAAAUCUGUUUGGGGUCUUCCUCAAAAAGACCCCCAAAGGAGAGAAAGGAGAGCGGGCAGACUCACUGGACUGGGAGGAGGACAAGGAGACGCUGGCGGCGGGUGCUGAUGAUCUAGUCGACAGGAACGCCACCAAGGACAAAAACUAUUUCAGCAGCAAACUUUUUAAGAAGCCUCAGAAGCCAGCAGAAGAUGCUGCAGCAGAACUGAACACUGAAACUCCAAAUUCUGGAAGCUCUGAAAACUUGUCGGAAACUGUUCCCAAGGGGAAAAAAGGAGGUUUCGCUGGCAUGUUCAAAAGAUCAUGGAGCAUUGAAAACCUGUUGGAUGAGCAGAAAGGUGGACUUAAGAAAACACCAAAAACAUUUGGAGAUGACGAGACUGAAAGAGAGAAGGAGAAGUCAUCCAGUAAUGACAAUCUGUUUGAAAUGCCCAACAAGGAAAGAAGCAUUUUCAGUACCAUGUUCAAGAAAGCUCCAAAAGUAGCCGGCGAGGGCGCUGCUGAGGAGGAGGAAAACGGAGACAAGGAGAAGACGUUAUCAAUCAGCAAUGAAAACCUGACGGACCAAAACACACCAAUGGAAAAGAGCGGGUUUGCUGGAUUUUUUAAGAAGUCACCUAAACCAUCACCGCGCUCCAUGUCUACCAAGGAUCCUCUCAGUGAUGCCAUGGAUAUAUCUGACAACCUCACAGGCGACAUGUCAGGAGAUGAACUAUUAGGCAGUAAUGAAAAUCUUUUAGAAGCUGGAAGCACCACAAAGAAAAAAGGAGGCUUUGCUGGGAAGUUCAAGUGGACACCUAAAGCCGCUGACAAACAGGACAACGAAGGGUCAGAGCCACCAGUAGGAGGCGGUCUGAAACGUAAGAAGACCAUCAAAAAGAAAAGAAGAGUCACAUCGUUCCGAAUCAAAACAACUCUUCCCAGGAUACCCAAACUGAACGUAUCAUCACAGGCGGAAGAAAAGAUGGCCAUCAUUGAGGAGAGUAUGGAGCUGCAGGAGUUGACCCCAGCCCAGGAGAGCACAGUGGAGGUCCAGCCGGUGGAGAUGGCAGCAUUCCCGACUGAUGGCAACCUGCUCGACUCAGGGGAGAGCGACGGCCUGUUGGAUUGGUGGAACAAUGUAGAAGGCUGGUCCACAUGGAACGAGACAGCCAAUUUCCAAGAGGACGAGGAGCAGAUAGCGAUGGAGGAGGCAGCUGACCGCGUCUACAUGGGCGCACGUCUGUUUGUGCACCUCUUCAACCAGCGGGGGGCGACCUUGCAGAAAUCCAUUCUUGAGCUUUUGGCCGUGGCCGACAGCGCUGACCAAUUCCACAAGAAGACCGUGUCAGUUGCGGUGGGAGGAGGCGUGGCCAGCGUGGCCGGCAGCUUGGCCACCAUCACGGGCCUCAUCCUGGCGCCAUUCACCUUCGGCGCCUCCAUCAUCGUCACGGCGGUAGGCAUCGGCGUGGCCACGGCGGGCAGCAUCACCUCGGCUACGGCCAACAUCACGGACGCGGUCCACUCCAAUAUGGACCGCAAGAAGAUAGAAAAGAUGAUCCAGGCCUACCAGGAGGAAAUUAAUGACAUCCGGGAAUGUUUGGAGUUUGUGCAGGCGGGCAUGGACACGCUGCAGGAGUGGGACUUUGAGAAGUACUGCGAGAGCGCCAGCAAGAAGGCACUGAACCACAACAUCAAGCAUGUGAUGAAGGAGGGUGGCCGGGCCGGUAAAGCCCUCAUGAUAAACACGGACAAGCUCAUCAGCACCGUGCAGGUCUUGGGUGCGGCGGGUGGCGCUGCCAAGGCCGUCCAGGCUAUCAGCGUCACCACGGGGGUGAUGUCGGCGCUCUUCCUGCUGCUCGACGUCUUCUUCCUUGCCAAGGAUUCCCACGAGCUCCGCAAAGGUGCCAAAACCAAGUUUGCCUCCAAAAUCAGGGAAAUGUGCAAAGAGCUGCAAGACGGCCUCCUGGAGAUGAACAAGGUCAAGACGCAACUGCAGAAGACCAUGGAUGGCAUCGAGGUGGAGGAGUACGAGGAGAUUGAGGAGGUGGAGGUAGAAGUGGAUGACGACCUGGAGUCGGAUCCCAAUAAGCUGGCAGAGCUGGACCAGGAGUUGGACAUUAUAGAGGAGAAACUGGACAAGAAGAUUGAGGAGGAGAAGAGGAUUAAGGAUGAGGAAACUCGAAGCAUCAAGGAAAAGGUGGAGGAAAAAGAGGAGGAGUCAGGAGAAAAGAAGAAGAUGGAGGGGACAAAGAAGAAGGACAAAGAGACCGAGAACCGAGUCGCAGCUUGGAAAGAGAAACGGGAAAAAGACGAAACAAGUUGGCGUAAAAAGGCUGUUGAGAAAACAAAAGAGAGCAACGAACCUCCCAGCAAGACUGGAGACUCUAAAAGGAGCAAGAAUCCAGAAAAGGAACGCAGCCACAGAGAAGACGGAGGAAUGACUUGGAAUCCAACAGGACGACCAGACAGCGCGAGCUCCAGGACGCAUGGGAGCGAGUCUGCCAAUCUGGAUCGAGGACCUGCCAAAAACGAAUGCGACUCAAAGGACAGUCGAAAGAAGGCGUUUUGGGAGAAGGGACUCAAAGACUGGAAGAAAGAAAUGACAGGAAGCAGAGAAGACACCGGAGCCAGCGAAGAGAGAAGCGACUCCUUGGAGCGGGAACCGGCGAAGCAGCAGGUGGCGACGAGGGAAGAGCAGGUGGCGACGAGGGAAGAGCAGGGGAAGACGAGGGAAGAGCAGGGGAAAAGCCAAGUUAGGAGGGAGUCUCAUCGGGAGUCUCAUCGGGAGUCGCAUUGGAAGUCGCACCGGGAGUCUCAUCGGGAGUCGCUUCGGGACUCGCUUUGGGGCCACGAAAGCAGCCAGAGGGAGCAUGGGGAGGAGAGGACAUCUGACAACCCCAAGAGUCACCACCAAAGAGCAGAGGAGAGCGCUGAGGAAAGACAAGGAACCCGAAUCGAGAGCACCCGCAAGAAGUUUCAGAGAGGGAAGGAGGAGGACCACAAAGAGAGAGGAGAGUGGAGAGGAAGUGACCGAGAGUGGAGAGGAAGUGACCGAGAGAGGAGAGGAAGCGACCGAGAGAGGAGAGGAAGCGACCGAGAGUCUCGCCAUCUUUCCAGUAAGAUGCUUGAUGAUGGACUCUACAUUUAGGUUUGAAGCCGUUUACACUGUUCUCAUUAGCAUUUAGUUGCAUUUUAGACAACAUUCACACACUAAAUAGUAGAGAACUCACAUUUUGGGAGUUAGUUGAUUAAAGUGUUUUUUAUGUACCCUCGUUGUUUCUCCCAACUCUUGACUUUUUGGGGGAUACACUUUUUUACUAAAUUCUAAUGUGAACUCACCAGAUUGCAAAUGUUCAGAAGACCACUCAUUUUUAUAUGUUAGUGCAAUAUAUGAACUCCUGAGCCCUAAAUCCUCAAACACAAAUAAUCUUGUGAGCACAACAAUCCCUUAGAGGCGUUAUUUUGCAUUACAACAUUUGCGCUUUUAUACAAAUGUUAAAACAUGUCAGUGUGUGUGUGUGUGUGUGCGCGCGCGUGUUUGGGUAGUAGUUUAACCGUCUGGGGACAUUUGGUUUUAAUUGUCUUUCAAACAAAACGGGACAUAAAAGUUAGUACAUUUUUAAAGCGCUUACAAAACAUUUUGGAUUUUUUUUUUUUUCUUUUUGCUCAACUUUUUCAUUAAACUUCAGUCCUAAACAAAAAUAUUUAUCUUUUGAAGGCCUUUUAAUCGGAUAAUGUCACAGGUUUAACGUAGUAAAAUAAAUCAUCAUGUGCAAAUUUACACUAGUUAAAAACUGUUUGAUCAAAAGGCCUUCACAAUGUUAAGAUAAAUGAAAUAAAACAUUACAUGUUUGGUGUUCUUGUUUAGGGCCAAAGUUUAUUUGAGCAAAAAAAAAUUCAAUAAAGACUUAUAUGUACAUUAUUGUCAAAUAACUUCCAGUGUACUGUACACCUGUGAAAGAAUUGGACAUUGCAAUUAAAAAAAUGUAACAUAAACCCCCUGAGGUGAAAUCAAGUAUAAUACAGUGACAACAAUAAAAAUAAUACAGCCAAUAUUUACUGAAAGAAGACAAAUAUCAGUCUUUGUCCCCCGAGGGUUAAAAAUAUGAAAUGUCAUUGUUAUUCAAUGGUGUUCAAACAUUUUAGGUCGACAGGGAAGAUUUUCAACAAUAGGUCAAAAUGACUUUAAUUAUUCUGGAAUAAUAUUUUAUAACAUUUAAAGAUAGUUGAUACAUUUUCUAUAUAAUGGUGUCUUGUUUUAAUUUUCAUGUAGUUCCUCACCUUCAGGCUGCUCUUUUAUGUCUCAAUGUUCUUUUUACUGGUGUUGGCUUUCAUAUUCAGCAAAUAAAGUAUUUAAGUGCCA